AUGUGCCAGAGUGCGACGCAUUGGCUCAUUCUUUCUGGCUCAGGAGGCGGCAGUGGCAAGAUCGAAGUCCGAAGCGCGCCACAAGAGGAUGCCCCAGUUGUUGGCGAAUUGCCCGACGGCUUGCUGAGGGUCGAGGUCCCUGAUCCUGCCACUGGGAGCUGGUGCCGUAUUUUGCCUGAGGAGCUGCAGCGGCUUCGCGAGAUUGGCGCCGGGAAGGAAGCCUGGGUCCUGGUGGACGGCAAGAUGGUCCGAAGAGUUGGCAGCCUUUCAUUGAAGGACCCGAGUGGAGAUGAAGAUGAUCCGGAGGUAGAGCUAGACUCCAGCAUCUUGCCUUCCUGGGCAGAGGCAGAGGCGAACUGCCAGCUGCUGCCAUCGGAGGAGGGUGAGCCAGCAGAGGAGCAACUCAAGUCCCUCGAUGCCACAGUUUCGGAUGAGGCACUGAUGCACCUGCUCCGGCAUGGCUAUGCAAUCGUGGACAACGCCCUUCCAGGUGAGCUGUGUGCGACCUUGCGUGGGGAGCUGGACACCCUCUUAGAGCGUGGCCAAAUGUGGGAUAGCCAAUCGUACUCGGAAGAGGAAGGUGCUGUGCACCACGACAUUUGCGAAACCACCUUGGACUUUCGGGACGCCCGAGCACAUGCUCCAACCUUCGCGCAGAUUGAGAACGACCAGGGCCUGCUUCGCAUACUACGGCGACUUCCCGCGCUGAAAGGUCUCUCCAUGCAGCACCUGAGGCUCCAAAUCAACAAAGGUCAUGGCGGCUGCUAUACCAUGCACACUGAUUCUGGCAUUUCCGAGCCUGAGGGAGCCGGCGGGGCGGUGCAGGUCUUACGUGCCACAGCACUGUUCUAUUUGAACGAGGGUUGGGAGAAGGAGCACGGCGGCGAGUUGCGGCUCUAUCCCUACCCACUCCCUCCUGUGAGGAUUCCUCCGGUCAGCGGUCGACUCGUCUUGUUCGAGCCGCGGAUGGUCCAUGAGGUUCUUCCAAAUUUUCGGAAGCGCUACUGCUUCACCCUCUGGUGUGCGAACUCAUUGACAAGCUCUGCAGCGAGGAGCACCUUCCUGGACGUGGAGUCCAUGACAGACUUCGAGGCGGCAAGCCGAGCGUGCAUGGCUUUUCGGAGGUCUUCCGGUACACUGUCUCCACAGCUGGAAUCGGUGCCGAGUCCUUUGCGCAGCCUGUUCUUGCCUGAGGUUCGACCUCUGCUGGUUCGAUAUGUCUUCCGGGACUGCGAGCUGCAAUCGGCAUCCAGGUCUCACAACGAAGGGCCUCAGAAAGACUUCAUGCUCCAGGGCAUCAGCAGGUAUCACCAGCAGAUGAAGGAUCUCAACCCGGCAUGGUUCCGCCUCCUGCUGGAGCUCCUGCCAUCAGCAGCAUCCAAGCCCAUGAGGAGCUCUGACCCUGGACGGCUCUUGUCAGCUGACCUGGUUCAGUUGGUGGUGCAGCACUGUCUGUGGUGGGAACCAUCCCCUGACGCUCAAGCAUGCUGA